AAAAGCGCGAAGUCUUGCGCAGGCGCGUAGAGGUUCUGAUGCUGUGACGUCAGGCUCAUGUCUGGGCCAUGAAAAAAAAAAAAAUCCAUGCUGCUUUCUGACGUCUAGUUCGAACCGCUAAACCAACAGCCCUGUCCAAACUGCUUGACACUCCGACUUGUGCACUAUGUUCGUGGCAAGAAGUAUCGCUGCCGAUCACAAAGAUCUCAUCCACGAUGUGUCGUUUGAUUUCCAUGGCAGGAGGAUGGCGACAUGUUCCAGUGACCAGAGUGUGAAAGUUUGGGACAAAAGUGAAAAUGGCGAUUGGCAUUGUACUGCAAGCUGGAAGACCCACAGUGGUUCAGUAUGGCGGGUAACAUGGGCUCACCCAGAAUUCGGCCAGGUAUUAGCCUCAUGUUCGUUUGACAGAACUGCUGCAGUGUGGGAAGAAAUAGUUGGUGAAUCAAAUGAUAAACUGCGCGGACAGAGUCAUUGGGUUAAAAGAACAACACUAGUGGACAGCAGGACAUCUGUAACCGAUGUAAAGUUUGCUCCAAAACACAUGGGUCUGAUGCUGGCAACCUGCUCUGCAGAUGGAGUGGUGAGAAUAUAUGAGGCCCCUGAUGUUAUGAACCUCAGUCAGUGGUCCCUGCAGCAUGAAAUCUCAUGCAAACUGAGCUGCAGUUGUAUCUCUUGGAAUCCCUCUAGCUCCCGAGCCCAUUCUCCUAUGAUUGCUGUAGGCAGUGACGACAGCAGCCCAAAUAUCAUGGGAAAAGUACAGAUCUAUGAAUAUAAUGAGAACACAAGAAAGUAUGCAAAAGCAGAAACUUUAAUGUCUGUGUCUGACCCAGUUCAUGAUAUCGCAUUUGCACCAAACUUAGGAAGAUCUUUUCACAUAUUGGCUGUGGCAACCAAAGAUGUCAGAAUUUUCACCAUGAAGCCUUUAAGAAAGGAAUUGAGCUCUUCUGGAGGAGUGACAAAAUUUGAAAUCCACACAGUAGCUCAGUUUGAUAACCACAACUCUCAAGUAUGGAGAGUAAGUUGGAACAUCACUGGCACAGUCUUGGCUUCAUCUGGUGACGAUGGCACCGUGAGACUGUGGAAGGCAAAUUAUAUGGACAAUUGGAAGUGCAUUGGUGUUCUCAAAGGAGAUGGCAAUCCUGUUGGUAAUUCUUGCCAAGGCAUUUUUGGAUCCUCUGUUGGUUCAGCUAUUCAGAGUUUACAGAAUUCUGUAAAUGGAACAUCCUCUUCUGGCAGGAAUGGAUGCCGAACUCCUUUUCCCCCUCCCCACCGCAGUCUGAAUCAUCCCAAGAUACAUGGGCAACCUGCUUACUUCUAGAUGCAGUCCAAAAGACCCUUUUGUGUAGGUUUAUAUUCUUGUUUAGAGAAAAGAGUUAUAAAAUAUGAACUAAUCUCUUUGUCUUUGUUAAUUCAUCUGCUAAAAGUCCUUACUAGAAAGCAGGAGAAUGUUCAUUUUUAAAUUGCCCAUGACAACUGUUUUUGUGCCAUUAAGGUGCGGUUAUUUUCACUGGCCAUCUUAAAAUGGAUAUAUGAACUGCAAUGAUCUUUUACAAAGUUGCAUAAUUAUGUAGAUAUUAUUGUUGGACUUUUUUGCUUUAGAUUUAACUUGUAAAACUAUAAAUCGAUACUAUAAUAUCUGUAAAUAAUUGAAUAAAAGUAGCAUAAAUCCUGUGGCUUUGUUUUAAAUUGGUAUGUAAACAACAGAGUGUAUUAACUUAUAGGUCAUAGGAAAACAAAACAACAAAUUUAGAGGGGAUUUGGUUUUGCUCAGUAAAAGAAAAUGCUAAGUGGAACCCUUUUUAAAUAAGAUUUUAUAUUUGUUACAUUUUACUUUUGCUCCUAUAUCAAAAAAUGCAAAUUCUACACUGUUUUUCAAAAACCCAGAUUAUUCCUUUUUUAAAUUAAAUUUUAGCCACUAUGCAACAGACCUUUUGUGAAUGUAAGCUAAAAAUGCACUAAUGUAUAACUUCAUGCUGCUGUAAUCCCACACUUUUUUCUUUAUUUUUUAUGGUUGUGACAGCAUUUAUAAGUGUUACAAGACACUGGCCUCCUUAUGCUGUGCCAUAUGACUUGGCAUAGUACCAAACAUGAUGCAGGAAACAAACAUUCAAGCCUUUAGCAAAGACAUUGGCUUUAAGUGUUAGAACAACACUCGGUUGUCCAGUUGAACAUUGAUUCCCAGGAUCCUUCUAACAGCCAGAGGCCUUUAAAUGGUGUGGAGAGUUGUAAAUGAACAACAUCUUGAGGGACACUUAUAUUAUGAGCUGAUAUAGCUGGUUGGCAGUACAUGGAAAUGACAGUAAUGUUCCAAGUUGAAGCUAUGCAUGGGGUAAAACCAACCUUGUGAUAUAAUUAUCAUUAAACAGCACAAAGUCUGUCCAUACCUUGCCAAAAACCCAGCCCAACUUUUUUUUUUGCCUGACCCUGUGUAGGACCUGGGCAUCUCCAAACAACUACCGACAGGGCCAGAAAAUAAAACCCAAUAACUUCCAUGUGGGGCAUGGCCUACUUGGUUUGCUAGAUUCUUGUACCAACUCUAUUGCACACUUCUAUCUGAAGCCUAGGGUCUUGUUAACACACUUUUGUCCAAUAUUACCAGUUUAGGUUUAAAUUUGUGUGCUUUAAAUGGCUAAAAACUGUUUUCCAAAAACUGGCACUGGCAUUGCAAGGGCAAAACAGUGGGGGCUUGGAUAUUUACAGAAUUUAUUGCAGGAUGUCUAGUUAUAAAGUGUUAAAGGGGUUGUUCACCUUUAAGUUAACUUUUAGUAUUAUGUAGAGAGAGCUAUUUUUAGACAGUUUUCUAUUGGUCUUGAUUUUUUCAUAUUUGCAGUUUUUUAGUUAUUUAGCUUUUUGUUCAGGAGCAAUACAGUUUGGAAUUUUUGCAGUUAUCUGGUUGCUAUGGUCCAAUUCAACCUGGUAAUCAGGCAGUCGUUUGAAAGAGAGGCUGGAAUAUGAAUGGAGGACCUGAAUAGAUAAGUAAGUAAUAAGAUAAGUAGUAAAAAGUAACAACAGUAACAUUGUAGCCUCACACAGGACUAGUUUUUGGUUGCUGGGGACAGUGACUGGUAAUCAGGCAGUCGUUUGAAAGAGAGGCUGGAAUAUGAAUGGAGGACAUAAAUAGAUAAGUAAGUAAUAAGAUAAGUAAUAAAAAGUAACAACAGUAACAUUGUAGCCUCACACAGGACUAGUUUUUGGUUGCUGGGGACAGUGACUUCCAUUUGAAAGCUGGAAAGUAUCAGAAGAGUAAAGCAAAUAAUUCAAAAACUUAAAAAAAAAACAAAAACACCAAAUGAAAAUCAACUGCUGUGUUCACUCUCUACCCCAAACACAUCUAUUAGACAGUGGUACUAUGAGUUUAAACUAUUACAGGAAGCAGAACAUAGCCCCCACAAACUAGUAUCUUGCAGUGACUUAUGGGCAGAUUUAUGAAAAUGUAAGAUUAGAUCUCACCACAUAAAAAUGUACCCUCCUAUUCAUUCCUAUAGAAUUUUUUAGACGCUUAUUUAUCAAUGAGAAAUUGUUAGAGAUUAUUACACUUCUAAACAUCCCAUAGGAAUAAAUAGAAAGUGUGUCAAUUUUUCUGUGGUGAAUUCCUUUGUGGAACUUGACCUGCUUGUACUACACAGCUUUUUAGUAGGGAUACACCGAAUACAGGAUUUUUUUGGGAUUCGGCCAAGAUUCUGCCUUUUUCAGCAGCAUUCGUAUUCGGCCAAAUUCAAGUACCUGGCUGAACUGAAUCAGAAUCCUUAAAAUCACAUGACUUUUUGUCACAUAAACACGGAAGUUGAAACAUUUUUCACUGAGUACUUCUCUUAAACUGUUCUGUGGCCUAAUUUGCAUAGGCAAAUUAAGAUUUGGUUUGGUAUUCAGCUGAAUCUUUCACAAAGGAUUCAGGAUUUGCCCGAAUCCCAAAAUAGUGGAUUUGGUACAUCCCUACUUUUUAGUCAGAAGUUGUCUCAAUAGGAAGCAAAUAAUUAUAACAACCUGCUUUAGAUAGCAGCUGCUAAUCUUAGUCUGACUUGAACUUUCUAUAAAUUACAGUGCAGUAUUAAGAUACAGACUGCCUCAGACCUGCUAGAGUCCUGCCCUAACAGUAGACUUUUUCUAACCCUUUCAGCAAGUGUUUGUCGGUGAGCCCAGGGGCUACACACUGGAGCCUUUAGCAGGUAAAAGAAAAUGUGGAUGUUUACAGUUCAGCAAAUGCCACUAUGACAGUUACAAAUGGGAAAAAUACAGUGGAAUCAGUUGUACAAGGUGAAAUAUGAAGCAGUAGACUUUAUUUUGGUACCCAAUGUACUAAAGCUGUGUGCCUUUCAAAAUUUUACUUUUCAGUUCUUUCAUUCACUACACUUUUUUUUCUUUUCCUUUCCCUUGUCCUGCAUUUUGUUCCUUUCCCCUCUUUCAGGUAUUGCUUUCACCCAGUGGAAAACCCAAAGGCUGGAUCAAGAUGGUCCAGUUAUACCCAGUUUAUCCCUCCACCUCCACUGAUAGAGCACCCUUGUGAUGCUGACCCUACGAACCUUACGUGUUCAAACCCUCGCAGACGAUACAACCCCCCACCUCUUAACCCCUUAUCUGAAAUUUAAGGGGUAUAAAUACAGUUGUUGUCUUAUUUCUUUCUUAUUGACUUAUUUUAUAUUUUUAACCUUUUGUUGACUGCUUGUAGACUUAAGGUAGGCUAAAGAAAUUCAUGCUAGAAUUCUCCCUGAAAUAUGCAGCCUGCUGUGACGUGGUGCUAGAAUAUCAAAUGGUGGUAAUUUUUGAUACUGGUAAAGUGCCUAAGUAACCUUUUACUUAGGUUGUUGGAAAAUGCAGCAUUUCAGUCCUAUUCUCUGCUUGUUGGCUUUCAUUCCUGUGCAUAUUGCAGUAAACUUUAAAUGUACCAUAUGUGAAUUUUUUGUAUGAUUAAUAAAAGCGUGUUAAAAACA